AUGGCAGCGGCGAGUGGAACCCCGGAGCGGAGGCGGCGUGGGUUGGGGCUGGGGGGAGGGAGGGAGUUUACUUGGGGAGGCCACCACAUCGGCAAAGGAAAGGGGGGGGCGCCCAUCCGCGGCGGCGCAGGCUCCCAGGAGGCCGGAGAAGGAAAGUUGACCCGGGAGCACUGGGGAUCCCCCAAGGGGAAAGGGCGCAGGGGCGGAGAGGAGGUUGGGGAACAGAGCAGGCCGAGCAGGGGAGGAGGGAGGGGAGGGUUCACGGGGAGGGUGGACAAGCCACGGGAGAGGACCGGCGGGCAAAGGCAGGAUGCCAGGAGCGAGAAGAGAGAGGCAGAGAGGGGAGCGGCGCCGUUUGGCAGGACCGGAGUUGUCCGUAGCGACAACAGUGGAUCCGCGUGCCUCUCCCGUGAGAUGGACUGGCAGGGCAGCAGGAGCGGAAGGCUCGAGUCCAAACGGCCCAGAGGGCAUCACGGGAUGCAAAGAUUGGAGAGGCAGCCCACGCAGCGGCCCAGCUGUUGGCAGGACGCCAGAAGAGAGAGGUAA